GUCAUUUUCUCAGAGUUGGGUUCAACCGUGCUGGUCGCAACUGCCCAACCUGAUAUCCUGCGUACCACAGUAGGGUUUGAGGCUUUGCUGGAGACAUUGAGCCGAUCCGACCCACGCAUCAUCACAUCUAUUUCAACAACGUCAACACCGACCGAAUCACGUCUGUCGCAAACAACAUUGUACCGUCAUUGCUUUUCUGCAUCCAUCCACCUCUCAGGCCCGGCCAGAGACAAAUUCAGAUGACGAGACAAAGUCUUCAAUUCUGGCCUCGGCCUUGUCACUAACAUUUCUCACCUGCGCAACGCAGACGACACUUGACAACACCAGAUCAGCGAGGCCUCGUGCGGCCUGUUGAGCAUUAAACGACACAAUGUCCACCGAACCGCAACGCCCUCCCAAGUCUCUUGAGCGACUAGCCGAUGGCAGUCCGCGCUUCCACGGGUGCUCGAGGAUAACAGAAUAUGAGUACAUGGGCAAAUUAGGUGAAGGCACUUUCGGAGAAGUGUCAAAGGCGCGAUCGAAAAAGACGGGACAGCUUGUCGCUCUGAAGAAGAUUUUGAUGCAUAAUGAGAAGGAUGGCUUUCCCAUAACGGCUUUGCGAGAGAUCAAACUGCUGAAACAACUGGACCAUGUCAACAUUCUGAAACUGGAGGAGAUGGCCGUUGAGCGACCAAAGAGCGCAAGCAAAAAACCCAGCAUGUUCAUGGUCACGCCAUAUAUGGACCACGACCUAUCCGGUCUGCUUGAAAAUCCAGAGGUCAAUUUCACCGAAGCACAGAUCAAAUGCUACAUGAAACAACUACUCGAAGGCUGUGCCUACCUCCACGAGAACAAAAUAUUACACCGAGACAUGAAAGCAGCCAACUUGCUCAUCAACAAUCGGGGUAUUCUGCAGAUCGCGGAUUUUGGUCUUGCACGGCCCUACCAUGAUGACCCGCCUCGAGCCGGCCAUGGGGGAGGUGAAGCCACGAGAGAAUACACCACUCUGGUCGUUACGCGAUGGUAUCGCCCGCCUGAAUUACUCCUCCAGCUGCGCAAAUACACCACUGCCAUUGAUAUGUGGGGAGUCGGCUGCGUAUUUGGCGAGAUGUUCAAGAGAAAACCCAUUCUGACCGGCAACACUGACUUGAAUCAAGCUCAAAUCAUUUUUGAGUUGGUUGGCUCACCAACAGACAGUACGAUGCCCGGUUGGCGGGAACUUCCUGGCUGCGAGGGCGUUACCGAAUUCGAGCAUAGACAACCUACCCUCAGCCGUGUCUUCCGUGAACUCAGUCCUCUUGCUCUUUCUCUGCUAGGCGAGUUCUUGAAGCUCGAUUGGCAUAGACGAAUUAAUGCCAUCGAUGCACUGAAACACCCAUACUUCCAUACAGACCCACUUCCUGCAAGGCCUGGCGACUUACCAACCUUCGAAGACUCCCACGAGCUCGACCGAAAGAAAUUCAGAGACCAGAAGCAAAAACCGCCUCCUGCACCCGCAGGUGGUUCGGUCGGCAUUGCUUCCCAGGGCGAAUGGGGAAUCAAUGGCCGUCCUCUACCUCCAUAUGACGGACGAGGGCCGCCCGGCCCUGGUUCACGGGUACCUGGUGGUCGACCGCACGACAAUGGCUACGGCCCACACGGACAUGGUCGCAGACCGCCUACAUCUGGACAGAACGGUGCUUACGUGCGUGAUCACCGCGGCCCACCCCAUCGAGACAUGCCGCCGUACGAUCAGCCUCAUCGUCCACCAUACGAUCAAUCAAGAGGACCUCCAAAGCCGUAUGAUGAUGGCUACACUCGGCGCCCUCCAGCCGAGCAUGGCCUACCGCCACGACCUCCAGUCCCAGAGAAUGAUUCUCAUCGUUAUGGCGGACCAGAUUUACCACCUUACCGAGAUGACGGCCGGGGCCCUCCGCCACCAAGGCACAGAGUGCCUGCCGGGGCUGGAAAUGGACCUGCUAUAGACAGUCGACGCGCACCUCACGACCGCGAUACGUAUGUGCCACCGUAUUCGAGUGCUGAUCCUGAGCAACGACCGCCCCAUAUGAAAGGGCGGAGAAGAGAUGAGCGGCCACCGUUCAGGGAAGCGCAUCAUCCUCAUGGUCCCCCGGACUAUGGUGAUCCACUUCGCUACGAUGACGGUGGUAUAGGUGGUCCUGACCGGGAUAGAGGACGAAUGCGUGAUAUGGAUAACAUGGCAUUGCCGCCGCAAAGCGGACCAUAUGAGAGAGAUCGACGCCCGAGAAGUCGAAGUCCCAUAAGAGAUCGGGAUAGAGAUGCUCAUCGAGACCGAAGAGAUAGGGACCGGGAUUGGGAAAGAGAGCGUGAGCAUCGAGAUCGAGAUCGAGAUCGGGACCGGGACCGGGGUUAUGGUAUACAAGAUACGUAUCGGCGAUGAUAGCGACUUCAGGGGAUAUUAUAUCCAAAGGAAUUGGGAGGCUUCAUCUUACUUGAAAUUUAUUGUAAUGAACAUGGCAUUUUGCAUAGCGAACGGUGUGGACUGGGACACAAGAAUCCUGGAAGGCGGGAAAUGCUCAAGGGCAUGGCGUUCAAUUUAGGAAUGAAGUAGACAUUACUCAUGGAUCGACUGGUGGUAUGCGUGCGCCUUAACGAUAUACCAGCCACUAGCCCGUCAGCGAUAUUC